CAGGGACUCUGAUAGGGAUAGACAGGGACAAUGGGGCUUUUAGGGAGAGACAGCAGUGAAGGGACCAAGCAGAUAGGUGGAGACAGGCAGAUAAGGAGACAAUGAGCAGCAGAAAAAGUGAGGAAAAAGCAGGAGAUUUGAGAAAAAAAAGGACACGGGGCUUGAGAAGUGAGAGGAUGAGCGACAGAGCGUGACAGGAGGAAUGAUAAAGUGCUGCAGUGGGAAGAAAUAAAUGUUUAUGGACAAAGGGCUGGAGAAGUAACAGCUGAGGAGCAGAUUCUGCAGCAAUGACAGGGAAUGGGAUAGACAGACUGCAGCAGUGAUAGCAGAGACAGACAGAGACAGAGAUAGCGGCUGCAGCAGAGAGGGAGGGAGACUGAGGGAAAAGGGAGGGAGGGAGAGAUUGCAGAGGAGGGAGAAUAAAUACUAAAGGAGCCACAGGCAGCGAUUUAAAGAGCAAGACGCCGGCUCAUGUGCUGGACUCUGGUUUGGUUUCCCACUGAGACACUUCUGAGAGACAAUAAGAUAACAAAGAAAGAACAAAAGGGGAGGAAAGCGAGAGACUGCUCCCAUCCUAGAAGGAGACUUCCCCCAAAGCAUUGAGGUGCUGCACCCUGAGAAGAACUUGACAGCUCCCAGGAACAGAUGAACGUUGGGCAAAUGAGAAGAGACAGUGCCAGGUCCAGGAGUGAGGGAAAGACUUGCCAUCUGUAACCUUGGGAAUGGACAGAGACCGUGUCCAAUAGAGACACCCGGGAGCCACAAUAAGCUGUGUGACUGCUCAACUGGACCGUUGCAGAGGGGAGAAUUUGGUGCUGACUUACCUGGAUCUGGUCCAACCCACAAAGAGCAGGAGGGACGGCUCUCGGGGGAUUUUUAUUUUGUAAACACGAAAAGUGGUCAAAAGAACUCAGAAGUGGACAAGAAGAAUAACUACAGAGAGAUAUAUGUUAUAUCCUGGUGUGAACUAGUCUAUAGGAUUCAAUGGUGUAAUCAAGGGGCACAGUCAUACAAAGUCAUAACGAGCCUGUUCUCUUCCCAAAAAAGGACUUUAUUAUUAUUGAGCAGGAGGCUUGUCAGAAAGUGACUUCAUGGACUGACGUUAAACAGUGACUCUUUGGGUUUCUUUUUUUAAUCAUCAAGCGCAGUCAGGAUCUCGUUGGUCAUCAUGACGGAAAUCACUGAAAGUGACUCACAGAAUACAGAGCAGAGACCCCUGGGGAGCCGCAUCGGAGGAGGAGGAGGAGGUUGUGGUCUGCCCGAGAGUAAGCUUCAGCGUUUUCGCCGUUCUAUCUCCCUGAAGACGAUCCUACGCAGUAAGAGCGUGGAAAACUUCUUCCAGAGGCCCCUCAGUGAAUCCAAAAUACCCUCUGAUGUCCUUCUCAGCCCACCUGCCCCUCCACCACCCCCUUCUCCACCUCCGGUCCCCAGUGAGGUUCUCCCUCAGACUGAACAGCCCCCACCCCCUUGUCACAAGCCCCUCUCUGUCCUACAACCCGUCCAAACUCACAAUUUCCAUGAUCACGUCUUCAAGAAACAGUGCCCCUGCCAUUUGUGCCAUCAGAUCAUUGUGGGGAAUUCCAAGCAAGGCCUUCGCUGUAAGACGUGCAAGAUAGGGGUCCAUCUGUGGUGCUCGGAGGAAGUGUCUCAUCAGCAAUGUCUGGGGAAGAUGUCUACAUCUUUCCGUCGUAACUUCAGCUCUCCUCUCCUGAUCCAUGAAACGCAGCCCAGCCCAAAGAAAAUCCCACAGCCCGCCCCUGGUUCAAGAGGUAGGGUGGACCCUGUGUAUGAGACUCUACGCUUUGGAACCUCCCUUGCUCACUUGAACCGCUCUGGUUGCAGCAGUGUUUCAGAGUCGCCCACCCGCAGCCUGAGUGAGCGGGAGGAGAGGCUGGAGGAUCCAGAGGGCAGCAUUAGAAGUAGUGAAGAAAGUCCCAGUCAUCCAGUGUUUCCAGCAGAGAGUGAGGCUGCAGUAAUUGAAGAUACCCGCAGCGUGUCUAACUUAAUGGCUGCAGGCCGUGCCCGUAAGGAGAUCUCUCCAAUGUACUGCUACGUGGUCCUCUACAAGUUCCUUCCUCAAGAGAUCAAUGACCUUCCACUACAGCCUGGGGACAGAGUUCUGGUGCUGGAUGACUCCAAUGAGGAUUGGUGGAAGGGGAAAUGUGGGGACCGGACUGGAUUCUUUCCCGCAAACUUUGUGCAGAGAGUGCGUUUAGGGGAGACCGUGUGGAAGAGCACAAAACCCUUCCAGGGCAUCAAGGAACAAGGGCAGCUCAGUGUGAAAGAAGGGCAGGUCUGUGUUGGCGUUGCCAGGCCAGAGACGGAGGGUUUCAUUAAAGUAUCGAGUGGCAAGAAGAAGGGCCUGGUGCCGCAGGAAUUCUUGAUUGAGAUGUGAUUGGUCGCUGCUUCUUCUUCCUUUUUUUAAUUGGCAAUAAGAACAAUGGAGAAUCAGUAUAAAAUGAAUAAGGCACCACUUCUUGGUACAAAAGAGGGAUAACCCAGCUCCUGAGUGCCUUAUUACCCUGGCACUGAUACUAUGACAAAACCUUUAAUGCUGCAUAGAGUCUUCCUUUCCCUGUACAUAUGCAACAAAUAUUCUUUAUAUCUGUGCAUUGGGCACAACUCCAACAUCACUCAGGGCCAACUCUUCAGGGAAAGCCACUUAGUGACCUCAUGC